AAAUAAUCAUAAUUUUUAUGUCUAGAUAAGUUAUUAGAUUGCCAGCUGAAGUAAAUAGAAUACUUUAUGUAAGAAAUUUACCUUAUAAAAUUACUUCUGAAGAAAUGUAUGACAUCUUUGGAAAAUUUGGAGCUAUCAGAUAAAUUAGAAAGUAAAUCAUUUUGAAUAGAUUAUUUAGAGGAACUCAUGGCGAUAAAAAAGGAACAGCUUUUGUUGUUUAUGAGGAUAUUUAUGAUGCCAAAAAUGCUUUUGAUAACUUAUCUGGUUUUAAUGUUGCUGGAAGGUAUUUUUAUUAUUUUUAUAUUAAUUCUUUUUUAGAUAUUUGAUUGUGUUAUACUAUUAACCACAAAAAAUGUAGGAGAGAUAAGACCUUGAAUUUUAGAGAAAGCAAAUUGAAAAACUUCGUGAAUAAUAGAGAUAAUAAUAGUAAUGAAUUUUAUAAUGAAUUAAUAAUUUAC